AUGGCCGACUAUGGCAUGCUGAACGCCAUCUUGAUAAGAUCCGAGGGCGUUAUACGGAAGAGAUGGACAAAGAAGACGCGUACUCAACGUAAAGCUAUUCUUGAACGAUCAUGGCACACGCAAAUGCCACACCAGCAUCGCCCAGACCUUCGCGACUACUACAGAGUCGAAAGACGAGAGUUCAGCGAGGCUUCCACUUCCACGAUCAGAGAAGAUGUAUACAAAUGGCCAUAUAUCAAUACAGAGGACCUCGUGACUCCAACACAUGUCUUACAGCUUCUGAACUCUCGCGGACGGUAUACACCCAACAAUUUUGCCGAGAUGGAUUGGCAAAGCUCAGAGCUCGGUCGCAACAUCAAUGUUAUCAAGGUGCGUCCGAUAUAUUACGACCCAAACGACGAAGGCCAACACAAAGCUAUAUUGGAAGACGAAUCCAACGGCAAGGAACCCGAAGAUAGGGAAGUUUCACCUAGUUCGGAAAAUGAGACAGUACGCGAAUGGCAAGAUAAAUACAAACCCAGCGAAUGGGGUUACUAUCUGAUGAUGCAUCCUACUGAUCUACAAGAAUACGGGCUUCCGGUCAAGCUUCCGGUCGCUCUGGAAUCUCAAAAACACGUGAGGCGCGCGAGCGAGGCUUUUAUCGUCCUACAGAUACAGCAGCCUCUGAUGGCCUUCCUCGUCAAGAUCUGCCUUGAGCUACUUCCCGACGUAGAAGGUGGUCUGGACGGGUUCAAGGCCUUCUUCCAAGCCCCCGAACAACCCGAGCCCCCCGAAAUAAGAACGACAAAAGAGGAUGGAUGGGACUCGGCUUUCGCACUAGCCCAAGACAGUCCAUAUACCGCCCCACAAUGGGACGACUUUCUCAAAAUCAUGUCCUCUAUAGCGGCUAGAAUACACGAGUGGAAGGACCAUGCCUGGGCUAUGCGCGAUGAUCCAUCCUAUUUCACUAAUGCUGUUAGCGAGUUCUCCCUUCAAAAAGACUUUUGGCACAUUACGAUAUACUCGAUCAUCAUGGAUUAUUACGAGAAUCUUGUCAUGUGGCAUGCUGCACAAGCUGCUCUACACAAGGUUGCUCGGCUGCUGUUGACACGGUUGGAGAAACAAGAAGGGCAUGAUGCAUGGGUAGAGGCUGUCGCGGACUUGAAAGAUUUACUUGAUAUGCGCCUUAUCAAAAGCCUAGCUUCACGGUUGCCGAGUUGCUUCAUUGGCUCACCACCGGUGCGCGGCAUGUUCAGACCCGAGCUCUUUUGGGAAAGACUAUUUGUUAUGGCUGUGUUCCUUGCUUUGGUCUGA